UUGCAUUGGCCAUUCAGAGUAAGACGACGCCACGCCGCCUUUAAAGUUGUUUUCAUUUUAACAAGUCAUUUACUAGCGUGUUUUUUGCCGCGUUAAUUAGUUAUUUCAGUUUUAGAUCCGUACAGAUUUAGUAUUUAAGCAAAGGCGGCAUGCUGUUGGGCGAAUUGGACACAACGCGGCGACUAUUGUUUAUCGUGGCUGUUUUGGUUUUAAUUUUAUAUGCAAAAACGUACCUGCUACCCGGCGUCGACCUGGAUUACGAUUAGUAGUUAGCAUACCCCGCACAGCAGC